AUGAUCGAGGGAGGGAAUUACGAGACGGAGAGAGUUCGGGUAACUUCUAGUUGCUGGCUGAGCAAACACAAAAUAAAAAAUUAUGUGAAAAAAAGAAAAAGUUUUAAUAAACUGAAUGAUAUGGUAUUUGCUAAUUUUAACAUAUGCUCAACAUCUGUCGCAUUGCCAAUUAUAAAUGUAAAAAAUGAUUUGAAGUGCAUAAGUGAGAACAAGCAAAUAAACAGAUUAAGACAAAACAAAAAUAAGGAGAUGAUACAAGAAAUUAAUGUAUUAGAUGACGAUGAGACUUCUUCCCUCAUAUUAAGGAGUAAAGCGUUUAACGAAACAUGGAAACUUCUAAAUGAUUAUAUGAAUUGUUUUAUUUAUAAUUAUUUAAAUGAAAUGAUAAACAAAGAAGUGAAUUUUCUAAAUAAGAAUUUAUGUUUGAAGGAUGAUAAGGUAUCCCUACUUAUUAUAAAAACGCAAACAUGUCCGUUCGUAAACUCCUUGCAGUACAGAAUAAUCGCUGCAAAGCUAAAAGUGCUAAACUGUUGUAGUAAGAAGCAUAGAGCGGGAGGUCAUAGAGUAAGUAGUGGGAGAUGCGAAAAUGGAAGAAGUGAAGAUGGCAAAAAUGGAAGAAGUGAAGACGGCAAAAAUGGAAGAAGUGAAGACGGCAAAAAUGGAAGAAGUGAAGACGGCAAAAAUGGAAUGAGUAAAGACGGCAAAAAUAGAAGAAGUGAAGAUGGCAAAAAUGUAAGCAGUGAGGACGACGAAAGGACGAGCAGUGGGGCAGAAUCCACCUUAACAGGUGACGAUAACACGUUCACUUAUAACAACUCUGAAGAUCGCUUAGUUUCCUACAUCCAGCUAAAAAAUCAGAAGCAUAUUACUUCGUGUAUGAUUAGUGUUUACUCAAACGACACUGUGGAAAGUAUACUAAUUAGAAUAAUAAAAGAGUUAAACGGUAAUUGUUUCAUGAAAGUAGAUAGAAAUAAUAUAAACUAUUUAUUUUACAAAACGAUAAAGAAAAAAAGAAAAAGAAAAAAAAAAAAACAAAGCGAAGUUUUACUAAUUUUCAUAAAAAAUUAUUUGCAGUUGAGAUCAUCUACAUUUAGUGCACUCCUACUAUAUCUGACCCAUUUAAAAGAAAUUACAUCUAUAAAUAUUAGUGUUAUAAUAACUAAUAAUUGUGUAUUGUCAGCUUUAAGCAAUUUAGUCUAUUUUAUAAAAAAAUAUGUACAUGUGAAUAUUUGUAAUUUUUAUUUAAAUUAUUAUAAUUUGAUAGAAAAUAUUAUAUUUAUCCCAUUUUUUAAUAGUGUGUUGAUAAAAUUGAAGGAAUAUAAUUACUUAAUAGAUCGUAUUUUUAUUUCGGACCACGAUUUGGGCUUUUUAAGACUCAAACAUUUUUUUUAUAUGUUUAUACGCGACUUUUAUGAUAAAAAAAUUUUAUCAUUUUUAAAUAUUCCCUUAACCUACUUCAGUUGUGGUACUAUACAUAAUGGUGGAAAUAUAACAGAUGGACAUAAAACAGAUGGAUGCAAAAAGGAAGAAGCUACAAGAGGAGAGCAAAAAGAGGAGGAGUACACCAAAACAUUUAGCACGUUUGAAAGGGACAUAAUUAAAGCCUUAAAUGUAAUUGAUGUCAAGUACAUCCACGAGAAAUAUACGCUCUUUCUUUAUGCAAGCAACUUUUAUGAAAAGCACAUUCAUCAUUUGAAGUCAAAAGGUGAUAUUAACAUGUUGAAUAUUUUAAGUGAGCUAUCCAUGGGGAACAGUAAGAACCUGAGUAGCUGCAGAAAACGGGGAAGAGGAGAUCAAGAAGCUACUAAAACAGCACAAGGAAAAAGAUCAGGUAUUUUGAAUGAUCCAAAGGAAGUGCUCGAAGAUGAAAAUCAAAAUAGAAUGAAAGAAAUAGAUGAUAAUGCAGAAAAUUGUGAUAUGGAAAACAUACAAGCGAACGAUGAAAAACAAGAAAAUGCACAUGUUAAUGAAAAGAAUAAAAAGAAAAGACCACAGAAUAAUUCUAAUGGGCUCAAUGAAGAACAUCCUAACAUGUUAAACCAACAAAUUUUGAAAAAAAGAAAAAUCGAAAAUGAGCAUUUUUAUAAUUGCAUAUUGUAUUUUAGCUUUUCGAAUUAUAAACAAGGAAAACAGGGUGACAGUAGGAGCAGCAUUGAGUGCAGCAGUAAGGAUAGUGGUACAAAUGAAAAAAUUAUGAAUCGUAAGAAAGAGGAUUACGAUGCUGAUACAAGUCCAUAUACUCUAAAAGGACAAGCAGACGAUACAUGCACAUUAAGCAGAAACCGUAAUAGUAACUGGAGCAGUGAGGAAAUGGAUAAUUGCAAAAAUGGUGAAAAGGACAUAGGAAUCUGCGAAGGGGAUGACAACAUCAGAAUCGGAAAUAGUGGAAAUAAUAAUAAUAACAGAAGCAGCGGAAACAACAAGAGUAACUGCAACAGCAACAACUGCAGAAACAAUAAUAACGGUAAACGUGUCAACAAUAAUCCCAUUAACAGUGAAGACAAUGGAAGUGCGUUUGGAAGACCGCACGGGGAAACCCCUACGAGCGAAAUAAUUUUUUUGACACAAGCAGACUAUAUUAGAAGAAGGUCGAAAUCUGAUGAACAUUUGCAGAAUUACUAUUUUCAAAAUAAUGCAUCAUAUAAUUUAUUGGAAGGAUUAUCACCAAUUAACAAAAUAGUGGAUGACACUUUUAUAUAUGAUUGUAAGUGUUUGAAGCAAUAUGUAAUAAACAAUUUGUCUGUUCAUAUGAAAGUAGAACAUAACUUGGACUGCUUGAAGAUUCUUAUGAAGGAAUGGAAAAACAAUGAAUAUAUGAAAAUAUAUAAUUAUGAAAAAAUAGUUGCAAAAUUAGACACAUGUAGUAAUACAAAUAGUAAGAACAACGGUAAAGGAAGUAAGAAUCUAAAACAUGGAAAUAGUGUAGAUAAGAAUAGAUUAAAUGAGGAUAAAAAAAAUGAACUAGUAAAUAUGAAAAAGAUGGUAUUAUUGUAUUUACAUAAAUGUUUAAUUAAGUCGAUUAGUAAAAGGAUGAUUUCCCUUUUAUAUAAAAAGAAAAAAUAUAAUAUAUGCCUUGCAGUUAUUAAUAUAAUUUUAAAAAAUAUACCUAUUUACUCUUCUUUAAGAAAACGAAUAAAAAUUUUAAAAGAGUUAUUUAAGAAAUAUGAACAGAAAUUUUCUGUACAUAAUUUAAAAGAUCUCAUAAUAGCAAAUGAAGAAAUAGAAAGAGAGUUAAAACAAACUUUAAAUACCAUUUGUGAUUUACUUAUAAAUCUAUAUAUUACUAAAAUAAAUGUACUUAAAAAAAUUUUGAAUGAUAUAUAUAACUUUUUAAAUAAUGUUUCUUAUGUAUUUAAAUUAGAAAAAUAUGUAAACAAAAGAAAUCGUACAUACUCAAUAAGUAUGUCCAUUUUUUUGGACAAAUUAAAUUAUUUAAUUACUUAUCUUGAUGUCUCUAUUGAGUUAAAAAAAAGAAGAAAAAAAAAAAAAGAAAAGGAAGAAGAGGAGGUGAAGGAGAAGGAGAGCAAACAUUGGGGGGAUGCACAUAAUAUGGCAAACAUAAGCCCAUUAAAUAGAAAUAUUUAUAAUGUACUAAGUGAUGUUUCAAGUAGUAAGGGAAUAAGCCCCUUCUUACACGAAAAUGAAAAAGUUGAACUUUGCAAAACGUUAAACACUUUAAAUAUUGAUGCUCAGAAUGAAAAAUGGGACGGUAGCAAAAAUGACAAAGGUAAUUCCGUACGUGUGUUAAAAGAAGGUCCUGAUCACAAUACCAUGUGCAACAGUGAGGUUCACACGAGUGGCAGCAAUAAUACCAUUAGUAGUAAUGACCAUCUCAGUAAAGACCUCCUUAAUAAUGACAGAGCCAUGCAUAACUGCCAGAACAGUGGUAUCCUUCAUCCCGGCGGCAAUUACAACAAUUCAAAAAACUGUAAAGAUGAAAGGGAACAUGAAAAUAUUCCCGUAUCAAUUCUUCUGAACAAAUUAAGUUUGGACAACGUAGACUUGACUUUUAUUGAAUUUAUGCUAGUAUAUUUUUGUGAAUAUUUUUACUUUCUUUUAAUUCCUUGCUUAUAUUUAUUCCCAUUAACAAAUAUAUGUGUAACACAUGACCAUAGUGCCGAAAUUUUUGACGUACUUAACACGAAUUUACAAAUGAGAUUGUUACAUGUUCUUUAUUAUAACAAAUUAAACAUAAACGAUAUAAACAAACCGAAUAUUUGUGUAUCAUUAAAUUAUAGAGCUUUUUGUGAUGACAUAAAUGAUACUAUCAAUUCAAAGGGUAAAUUUAAAGAGAAGCAAGUUCAUCUGAAUAAGAAAAAAUUUCAGCCAACUAAGAACAUACUUCACAUUACCAAUGAACUAACCGAUGAAAAAAAUGAAAUAAUUUUUUUUUCUUUUGCAGAUACAUUUAAUAAAUGUCAAAAUGAGGAUAUCGUAAUCAUAUUUAAAAUUGUUCAAAAUAUGAAAACGAAGAGUAUUAACAUGUGCAGUAUGUUUAUUGAAUAUAUGAAUAUGAAGCUAAAUUUAGUUGGAGGCUCGGAAAAAAAAAAUAAUAGUUACGGUAAUAAUGGCAUCAUUGACAGUAAUAGCAUUGGUAAUGGCAGUAGUGGCAGUACUAGAAACAGUCGUAAGUACUGUGAUAGUAAUACGAUUAAUAAGCGCAAUGGUGUUGGUGAACUGACCGAAUCAGCCAACUAUUACUGCUACACAUUUCAAGGAUUGUUUUAUCGAUUCAUCAUUGCAAUUAUGUCCCUUUUUUAUUUUAUGAAAAUAAUACACAUUCCAUCGUCCUUUGUGAAAACAAAGGAUGAUGAUAUCGAAUUAUUUUCAUCUAUCAUUUACGAUGAGCAGCGUUCAAAUUUUCAAAACUGCAAUGACAUUAUUACUAAUGAACAUGUAGAUACUCAAAUAUCAGAACAAGGGAAAAUAACAAAAUUAAAGCGGCUGGACUCACCUGGGAAUGGAAAAAAGGAAGAACAAACAAGGUUCAACUCACUAAUAAAUGGUCAUCAUGAUAUGGAUGCUACAUCGUCUCCCUUUGAACAAGUAAAAGACGAUAAUGAGUGCAAAUUUAAAAAUUAUGUUUUUGAUAUGUUAAGUAACACUAAUAUACGAAAACUUAUAUUCGGAAAGAGAUAUCUCAACUGA